UGGAUUCGCUGAAGCCCAGGUCAUCGAGGUGUCGAUGUUGCUUACUGUGGACAGCCGUUGUGAUAGAUGAGCGUGCAGUCACUGCACAAUAUGCUGCUACUGACUGCCCAGAAUGUGGAAAAUCGCACUCUGCUCUGUGCUGGAGCACUUUCGCCUUCGUCCUUGUCAAUAGCCAUGCACUCUGCUUCCCUGAAUACAGUGCGAAUCCUCCAUGGAGCGACCACCAUUCAAUCGGCGAUUGGUGUCCCCCUCUGACGUACGCCGACUGCUGACGGCAUCCGUAUCAAUGGUCAUCGGCGUGCCUCUGGUCCGAAGACGAAUGCAUCCUGCUUCGACUCAGAGUUGGUGCUAUCGCUCCCACACCGCCAGGAUGAUCCAAAGCUCCACCAAGACCUCCGUGUCGGCAUAUAGCGCCUUUCUGGAUAUCCUCAAUGAAACGACCGGCAUCAAGCCCGUGGACGAGUCCAAGAUCUGCCCCGUCCUGGACAGCAGCGACAAGCACCCAGGGAUAAGUCCGAGAUUCCAACGGGGCUCCCUUCAACCCAAUACUCGUUCUCGAUGCCAUGACCCGCCUGGGUUCCUGGCCAUCGAUCCGCGCGAGCUCGACUUUGAAGACCCCGAGAUCGACAACUUUGACUGCAAUGAUGAGAUCCUGGACUGGUCCCACGAAGCAAACGAGCUCAAGCGGCUCCAGAGCACCUACAAAAAGCACUCGUCCGAGGCUCAGACAGGCAAACGCAGCCAGCCUCCGGCGCCUCUGACCCACCAGUUCCUGCAGGCCUUCCUCAAGUCGCUGCGGCUGGUCGACCGCAAAAUCGGCGACAUUGACUCCAAGAUGCUGGCCUUCCGCAAUCUCACCGAGCUGAGCCUCACCGGCAAUCACCUCGAAGCAGUGGGCCACUUGCCAAAGUCGCUCAAGACCCUGCAUCUGAAUGCCAACCGCAUCCAGAUGAUGCCUUUUCUCGGUGGUCUCACUGCGCUCCAGCAUGUUGGCCUCGCAUACAAUCAAAUCAAGGCAUUCCGGGCGGCCUCAAGCACCAUGUCGCCCAAACCCAGAGCUGGUCCCAGAGACCUCUUCCCAGCCAGCCUCGUCAGUCUCGAUGUGAGCUGGAACAGCCUCGAAAGCCUGGAUGAAAUUGUCGAGACGCUGCAGGGGCUGCCGAAUCUCAAGGCCCUUGUAUUGAUGGGCAAUCCAAUCGGGCUCUUUGAGCACUACCGUAGACAAAGCAUCCAUGGCUUGCAGCGGCUUGUCUCGCUCGACGACGUACCUGUUCCAGUCUUCGAGCGGGAAGGCAUUCUGCGUGAGCUGGCAUCGGGGUUGAGCAUGAUCCGCUAUCGAGAGGCUGCGCUCAAGUUGCAUGUCCAUGAUGUCGAGGGACUGUCUCCAAUCGAGCCUGUGGCCCCGGAAAACCCUGAACAACCGCCAGAUCGGCAUUUCUUCAAUAUCGACGUUGUCGUCACUGGAUAUAACAAGCACCGAAUCUCAACCAGUCUGAAAGAAUGGACGGGUGAAGCUGUGGUCAUGGAUUUUUCCAAGACAGUCGCCUUUCCCGUGGGCAAGCAACUCCGUGAUGCCUUCAGCGUGGGCGUUGAUGUGUUGCUGGUCCGGAAAAAGUAUGUCUUCAAACAGGAGCCCAAAGCUGUCGAGACCAACGAGCUGUCGAGCAGCCGACCAAAUAGUGGAGACCGACUUAAGAGCGCCGGAAAGGGAAGGCUGGCGGUGGACAAGGAUAAGGACAAGAAGAAAGGCGGAAAGGCGGCUGCCGAAGAAGAAGCUCCCUGGGUGCCGGCGCUGCACGAAGUCGCCGUCGUUGCCGAGGGCAGGCUCGACACCCACAUCUUUCUCGAGAACCAGUUCGUCAUCAAGGAGACCAUUGCGCUGUCGCUCUGCUGUGACUGGACCGAGACCGAGAUACCACCAGCGCCGGUGGUGCGCCUCAGUCUGCAGCUGCAUCCGCAACGCACCGAUGCUGCCCAUGUCUCGAUUCCGGUCGACGAAGACACUGUCGGCCUUGGCGGAGGCGAGGGCCCGGGAUGUGGGAGUGGACCGCCGCCCGUCGACGCCGAGCAGUCGGGUGCCGCACAGGCACACAACCGCCCGCCGAGUUCCAAGCCGAAAAAGAAAAAGUAGCAACGACACGGAUGUUGUGUUGUGGCCCGAGAUGCGGUGCCAUGACAAUACAAGCACAUGGCAGGA